GCUAUUUCAAUAACCAAAUCCAAACACCCUAAAAAAAAAAAAACCCUAGAUGCCACCGUAUGUAAGGAAGAGCCCCAAAAUGACAACCGGUGGUUAAUUGCAUCAUUCGACCCCAGAUCAAUAUCAUCCCUUCAAUACCGGUUGCCGCCGCUCUUUCUCCUUUUUAUUAAUCGUGCGAACGCUUUGCCUCUUCCGUCUUCUCAUAAGAAUAGUCAUCUCGGCGACACCUAUUCUUACUUCUCUUCUACAUCUAAAGACAAAACCGAAUCGUUUAUGCAAUGUUCAAAAUUUCCAAUUCAGAUAACCGGAUUAGUUGAGAGAACUCCUACCAAUCUAAGAAAAAGCCAAGCAACCAUAUAUAUGAUGCCAAGUAUGGGGCAGUAUAGGCAUGACAUAUCAGGUCCGGGUGACUCGAACCUACGAGGAUUGAUUGCGUCGGAGAUAUCACGAGCCUUGUCCGACGCGAUUUCAGUCCCAGUGGCAAGACUUACAGAGGAGUUGUUAGAUAUCUUCAACGAAAGGCAUCCAAAUGUUGGAUGGGCAAGACAAUUGGGAAUUUGGGAUGUCACUUGCCGUGACAUGUCUGUGUGUCAACCUUCCAUGCUCAAGGGAAGGAAGGAACGAAUUCUUAGCAUGCGAUGGAUAGAGGAAAUGGAGAGUGCUUUUUGUUCAGGUUUCUGCCCUGAAAGGGCAAGGGUCCGGUUCGCUAUGUACUUGUUACGCCAUGCGGCGAUCGGUUGCUGGAGCACGAUCAUCCAGUCUGUUACUGUGGCUGAGUUGGAGGCUAUGUCAUGGGAGGAGUUUUUGAUCCGUUUUCAGGAGGAGAGCUCGUCCCGAAUCGAGUCUGACCUAGGCCAAGGGAACUGCGAUCAUUGUGAUAAAUACAAGAAGAGGCACGAGGGUACGUGUUAUGGAACAUGGUGUUUCAAAUGUGGACGGGAAGGUCAUUUCAGUCGAGAUUGCAAGGAAAAGAAGAAGAGGUGUCAUCAUUGCGACCAGCCUGGCCACCUUAAAGCCGAGUGUCCCAUACUGGCGGGGGUGUCGACAUUAACACCGACACCUGAGAUAUUGCGUUUUGUGGAUGGGCGCCAAAGUUGGGCGGAGACCUCUGGUGCCAUGACGAGGGAUUAUCCAAGCUAUUGGUAUGGUGAUGCUUUUCCCACCGGACGUUAUUACUAGUAUUUCUUUGAUCAGGGAAAAACUCAAGCUUAACUGUACCGCACACAAAUUGUUGGCUAUAUUUGAUAUUUCGCAUGAUUAUGUUUUAUAAUCUGAUUUUUGGAUAUUACGAUUUACGGUUUACAAACAAUGGUUUUAUGAUUUGAAAUUGAAUGAAGUAGAUGUCUUUAUACUCUUAAAAAUGAAAAAAAUUGGUUGAAAUUUA